AUGGACUACGUCGACCCUGCAGACGUACCCCUGCCGGCUUUCCUGGAUCCCUUGCUUGACUAUCUGUCUUCUGCCCUCCCUCCCCCGCUAUACUCAUUUCUACUCACCAUCUUCUCCCACUCAUUGGCCAUGUUCACAGCCUUGCUGAAUCUACUAUCGGUCAUCAUACGUUCCAGACCAUGGGAGUGGGACGCUCAAACACUAAUUCCGCCAUUACUCAGUGUACUCGCGGCAUACCUCGCGCUGCUCAGCUUAUAUCGAACAGCAAGCUGGAUGGUGCGGACAAGUGUAUGGAUGCUCAAAUGGGGCACAAUUCUCAGUGUACUAGCGGCAGGCGCAGGAUUUAUGUUGGGCAACCAACGAGGAGGAGGGGGAGAUGGUAUAGGACAGAGAAUCAGAGCGGGAGGGUUGAUUCCCGCAAUAUCCGGAAUGUUACUCGAGUUCACGAAUGGGCGAGGCAAUGACGAUGACGGAAGUUCGUCAUCGAGGCGCUCGCGCUCGCGGACAGACUCACAACCUCGCGAAGCUCGCCCAAAGCCAUGGGAGUCUUUCGAUCGUCAUCAGGAGUGGCAAUAUCAGGAAAACGCACACGUAGAACAAGUGAAUGUCGCGGAGGAGGUGCAGAAGUUCGUGGGAAGCGUUGCGGGCAUCGUCAGUAGCAGUGGAUGGUGGGAGAUUGCGAAGGGAGUGAAGGACAAUUUGGGACAGUCACAGUCAGACAAGGGCCAGGCUGGGGAAGGCAAGGGCAGCAAGCGGAAACGAGCAGGUGGGGAGACCAAAACGCAGGACGGGAAUCUAGAUGAGUGACAUAGUCGGGUCUGUAAUCUUUCACAGUCGUGUAUCCCUUGACAUCAUUGUACUUCUUUCAUACCUCGAUCUCC